GGCGCACGGGCGGGCGAGCAGCUGACAGCAUCGUCACGGCGGCGCGAGGGAGCGCGCGCCCCGCCUGCCUGCGGGAGGAACCCGCAUCCUCACAGCCUGCGCUGCCCUGUCCUAUGCGAGGCGAGCUCGGAAGAAGCUCUGAGCAGAGUUGCGUUCAUCCUCAGCAGGGUGGAGUGCCGCUGUGAAUGCUUCUGGAUUGCUGUCUGCCUGAUCCAACCCGUAUGUGCUUCCUAGUUGAUCGUUGGAGCCCUCAAGCAACAUGCCAGAGCAGAGCAAUGAUUACCGGGUGGCCGUGUUCGGUGCAGGUGGUGUUGGCAAGAGCUCUCUGGUCUUGCGGUUUGUGAAAGGUACAUUCCGGGAGAGCUACAUCCCCACUGUGGAAGACACCUACCGGCAGGUCAUCAGCUGUGACAAGAGCAUCUGCACCCUGCAGAUCACGGACACCACGGGCAGCCACCAGUUCCCUGCCAUGCAGCGGUUGUCCAUCUCCAAAGGGCAUGCCUUCAUUCUGGUCUACUCCAUCACCAGCCGGCAGUCCUUGGAGGAGCUCAAACCCAUCUAUGAACAAAUCUGUGAGAUCAAAGGGGAUGUGGAGAGCAUCCCCAUCAUGCUGGUGGGGAACAAGUGUGACGAGAGCCCGAACCGCGAGGUGGAGAGCAGCGAGGCCGAGGCGCUGGCCCGCAAGUGGAAGUGCGCCUUCAUGGAGACCUCGGCUAAGCUCAACCACAACGUGAAGGAGCUCUUCCAGGAGCUGCUCAACCUGGAGAAGCGCAGGACCGUGAGCCUCCAGAUCGACGGGAAAAAGAGCAAGCAGCAGAAGAGGAAAGAAAAGCUCAAGGGCAAGUGCGUGAUCAUGUGAACUCCCUCCCGUGGGAGCAGCAAUUGUGUGUCUCCCUCUCCUCCCCUCCCCCUCCACGUGAAACCCACAGUCGUCAGGGUAGCAUGUCAGAUGCCCACGUGUUAAAUAUUGCAUUUUGACCGAGAUGUGCGCUGUUGUCCUCAGAGGGCAUUUUACACCACGACCAAUAAGCACCCCCUCUCCAGAAUCAGGGAAUCUGACAAAUGCUUAAAAUGAAAACUAACAUGCUCAGCAUCGCAGGGAACCAAGUGGGGUGCCAGCCGUUUAUGGAGGCAUCGUUCGCCAUCAGGAGGCGUGAGGGCUUGUGCCCUCGGAAGCACUGUGUGCCGAUAGGGGGAAGUACCAUCUGCAUGCAUGUGAGAGCAUGUUAACCCAGAGCUGCAGGCACCACCCCCAGACCAGGCAUCCCCUCUGCUCAGAAGCCAGUGACAACCCUUGGGGAGGGGAGGGGUGGGAGGAGGUGAGAAGACCAAGCCAAAGUUGUUCGGUUCCAUGGUUCUUUUACUGAAUUAAAAAUAACACAGCCUCUCUACCCGCCAGAGGAUGUUCACUGUCAGUUCCCAGCUGACCUGUGAGCCUUGCCACUCUGAGGGGAGGUCCUCACCUCACUAAGUCUAGUUAUUAGCAGGUAUCGUUUUAGCCUUUUAGGGUAUUUCUUUCCACAUAAAAUGAUGAAUUCACUAAGAGUGUGCCACUCUGUCGGAAAUUCUUCAAUUUCCGUUUAAAAUGUUUGUGUAAGGAUAUUGUGACAAUACUAAAACAUUGCAAUAAACGCUCCUGUGUGUUAUAUUUUGAGAGUCUGAGAAAUGUGAAGUUUCCUUCCUUUGACCCAUGAGGGGUAUAACUCUUCCAGCCCUCAGAUUUUAAAUAAAAGCAAUUAAAGUAGCUAUUUUUUAGACAUUUUUGUCCUCCAACAUGAUUUUCUUCUUUUCAAUAACUCGAUCUGCGUCCAACUGGGUAACAGCCAGCAAAGGCCAUCCGAAGACCAAAAGCACAUCCAUUUUCUAACAGACACGGACACGUCUGUGCCAUACUUUGCAUCUUAAUGAAAUACGUUGAAACAAAGGUUGUUCACUGUGUUUUUGAUGAUUAUCUAUAACAAGUAUAUUCCUGGGAAAUGCAUUCAAGUAAUAGAUUAUCGUGCAUGUUCCAUUAGAAAUGUCUUCUAAGAGCUGUUCAAUGCAGGGUUCACUCUGGAAAUGAUUAUUUUUUCCUCCUAAUGAUCUCGUGUGCAUCCUCAAUCCUUCAAACCAAAUUACGGCCACUGCUGGUUCCAGCAUGCUGGGUGGAAAUGGGUCCGGCAGGCUCUGUCACAGGCCGGACAUAGCCCACUCAGCUUAUUCUUCUGCCAUCCUCAAGGCUGCUUUGGGUCUGCUUCCUGAAAAUUCCCACUGACAGGGCCUGUAAGCUCUCUUGUUUGUUCCAGCCUGCAUCCCACUCUGGCCUCCUCUGGAAUUUUCCCUUUCAGCACACCUUCCUGUCACCUGCCUGGCAGGCAGAGAGAGUGAUGUCCUCAGGGUCAUGUAAGGGGAGCUUCUCGGCUGCUGGGCAGCAGCGCCCAGCUGGGGCAGGAUGGUCAAGUUUGGACGUUUGCACAUGCCCUUCUCUCCUGCACUUGUUGUGUCUUUCCUGUGCCUCCUGCUGCAGCAACUAUUGUGCAGUUCUGUGCUCUCAACAGAUCCUAACUUAACCUUUUUCUGGUUAAAUUUUCUUGCCUUCAUCUCAUCCCCUCUCCUCUGCUAAUAACUCAUCCUUGUGAUGUAUUUAGUGUGUGGGAGGUACUUUGAGAACCAUUGGCUCCAUGGUCAGCCCACCUCUCUGGCCUCCUAGAACAGAACUUGGGCAGGGAGGGUAGAGAAGUGGCCUGGGUGCCACCAAAUCCCUCUCCAAGUCCCAAUGGACACACCUUCUGAUGGGCUCCUUCUGUUCCAAGUGGCUGUUCCACAGCCUUCACAGUGAGAUCUCAUUGGUGUGUUUUCUAGAACAUUUGCUUUUCAACUUGUCCCUACCAUUUUUUUUCUAUUUCCAUUCUCAGAGAGAUGUCAUCCAUUUGUAAUCUGGAUAUGGGUUAAGUGGAAGAAGAAA